CUUUACCAAACGACGUCUUUCAGUUUGGAUAAAUUGCAGUCUGCCUAGUUACUCUCGCAUACUUUUUAUACCAAAUAAUCGUUCAAUUCAUAGUACAACCUUGCUUUGGCAAGAGAAUAUACAAGAUAGUUCAGAGCGCCAACAUAAAAAUUUUUCGAGCACGGUUAAUGCGACUGAACUUGAAAAGUUCAAUAAUUUGUCCAAUGAAUGGUGGUCAUCUAAUGGAUCGCUUAAGCUUUUGCACCGAAUGAAUGGCUUUCGUAUACCAUAUAUUAAAAAUCAAUUACUAAAGACACAAAAGCCUAAUCAGGAUGAAAAUUCGCAUAUUUAUCCGUUGAGAGGAUUCAAAAUUUUAGAUAUUGGUUGUGGAGGUGGAAUUCUGUCAGAGCCAUUGGCUCGAUUAGGUGCUACCGUGAUUGGGGCAGAUGCAUCUAGUCAAGGUAUAGAAGUUGCAAAACUACAUGCAAAAAAAGAUCCCGCACUUUUUAUUGGGCCUGGUAGUUUAGAUUAUCGCUGCACAACAGUCGAACAACUCUUAAAGGAAGAGAAUGAAUCAAGAUUCGAUUUAGUAUGUGCGAUGGAAAUUAUAGAGCAUGUCGAUGAUUCGAAAGAAUUUAUCAAAGCAUGCGCAGGAUUAGUAAAGCCUGACGGUGGACAAUUGAUUGUAUCCACGAUCUCGCGAACGCCAAUAUCAUAUUUACUCACGAUUUUGAUAGCGGAGAAUUUCUUGAGAAUAGUUCCGGAAAAGACCCACGAUUACUUAAAGUAUAUAAUGCCAGAAGAAUUGCAAGAUACGAUUGAGAGUGACUAUAAUAGUUAUAUGCAUGAUGAUGAUGAUGGCUUACGAGUCACGGGUAUUUCGUUUAAGGGUAAUGAUCCUAAAAAAGAUGUCUUACGAGUCACAGAUAUAACGGGUGUUUGGUAUAAUCUUGCGACAAAAGAAUGGGUAGAAUUUGACGAAAAGAACCAUCUUAGAUUUAGUGUGAACUACUUUAUGACCGCGGAAAAAUUCAAGCAUUGA